AUGGAGGACAUUUCGCCAUCUAAUGAAAAGAUUAUUGAUAUUAGUCCUGAUAAACGACAUGAAGAGCAGGAAACUGUUGUGUCGGUGGCUUCGAAUAAAAAACCACGUUUAUCUCGUGAGAAAAAUAUACAGAUUUGGGCAAAGGAAAAUCAAGUAGAUUUAAAUCAACCUAUUAUUGGGAAUGAUGCAAAUGCUUCAGCUAAUGCUCAAUCGGAUGCUCAAUCAUAUGGUCAGUCAUAUGGUCAAUCGCACGUUGUUCAAUCGAGAGGAAAUCGAGGUCGCAACUCUGGCAGUUUCUGGGCUCAUGGGGAGAAUCGUGGCAAGAAUCGUAGUGGCAACAACAAAAAUGGUCAUUCGCAGCGCAAUGAGGAAUUCUUUAUUGGCCAAAGGCUACGCCAGAUUAACGGACCAACAACUGAACUGGAUUCGACCAAUGACAUUGAGGAAUUCAAGUUCUCUGGACGCAAUCGCCUCUACGUGGGCAAUUUGACUAGCGAAAUGACUAGCGAGGAAAAAAUUCGCGAAUUGUUUAAGCCGUAUGGCGAACUUGGCGAUAUCUUUAUCAAUACCGAAAAGAAUUUUGCAUUUGUUAAGGUCGAUUAUCAUACCAAUGCCGAGAAGGCUAAGAGAGCAUUGGACGGAACUACGGUCAGUGGACGGCAAUUGCGCGUUCGUUUCGCACCAAAUCAAACGGUUGUGCGUGUUAGCAAUCUAUCGCCUUAUGUGUCCAAUGAGUUGCUACAAAAGUCCUUUGAAAUCUUUGGGACAGUUGAGCGUGCCAUAAUUAUGGUUGACGAUCGUGGCAAUCAUACAGGUGAGGGUAUCGUUGAGUUUGCCACCAAAACAGCGGUCAACCAUUGCUUGCGUUUAUGCCAUGAAAAUUGCUUCUUUUUAACCGCUUCAUUGCGCCCUUGCAUUGUUGAGUUAAACGACAUCAAUGAUGAUAACGAUGGAAUGCCCGAGAAAGCUCUGAGCAAGACAAUGCAAUACAACAAUGAGCGCAACAUUGGGCCACGUUUCGCCGAUCCCGAUUCAUUUGAGCACGAGUACGGCUUUCGAUGGAAACAACUUCAUGCCCUCUAUAAAACUAAAAUGAAUUCCCUUAAGCGUGAGCUCAAAUUGGAAGAGGAAAAGCUUGAUGCUCAGAUGGAUUAUAUUCGUAAUGAGCGUGAAACUGAACUCUUGCGUCAAGAGCUACGACAACGUGAGGCGGAAAAUGAGCGCAGGAAGAUGGAAUUGGAAAUGCGCCAAAAGCAAUAUCAGGAAGUCAAUUUGCUUGAGAGUGCUGCUUUGAUUCGCCGUCAAAAUCAAGUGAGGGACAAUAUGAUGAAACCAGAGACCCCGUUUCGACCUCAAAAUCAAGAGAAUGAUAUGAUGAGGAUCUAUAAGCCGCAAAAUUCGAAUGGUUUUGGGGGCAUUUGCGAUUAUAAUGCCCGAAGCAUGAGCUUUGAAAGCUCUCCAUUUGUUGUUUUUGGAGAUGAGAAGGAGAACUGUCCAAAUAAUCAGGAUGGCAAUAUUCCCGUAAAGGAUGGACAAGAUUUAAGCUUUGAAGAUAUGAAUCGGAACAAUAUGAAUCGUGAAUUUGGAAAUGAUGGCGGACUCUGGGGACGUCGUUCCAUUUAAUAUUAUUGUCAACUAAUCAGAAUGUCAAUCAGAACUUCAGCAAAUAACAAGGAGUUACGCUCUUUAAAUGGAGUCAGUUACAAUUAUACACUUACUUUUAUUAACGUUUAUAAUUGUAAUGUUUUUUGUAAUAUAAAUUGCAUUAUGAUUUUAAAAUAAACAGAAUAUAUUCUACUUAAUAUCA